CGCUUUUGCUGACGUCUUAGUGUGCGCCGGAAGUGCCUUCCCAGGAGCGCGGCGACGAGCGGACGACUACAUUUACGGGAUCUCCAGGCGGCCCAGAGUCGGAAAUUGUUGACAACUUUAAAUUUGAUUCCCGAAAGGACUCAAUGACUUACAGAGGAGAUGAAAUGUGGUCUGAGGGACGAUAUGACUAUGAAAGACUUCCGAGAGAAAGAGUACCUCCUCGAAGUCACCCCAGUGAUGGCUACCGUAGAGUAGUUAAUGUUGUGCCAAAGAAACCACCACUGCUAGACAGACCUGGUGAAGGAAGCUACAAUAGAUAUUACAGUCAUGUUGAUUACCGAGACUAUGACGAGGGCCGCAGUUUUUCUCAUGAUCGAAGAAGUGGUCCACCUCACAGAGGAGAUGAAUCUGGCUAUAGGUGGACAAGAGAUGAUCAUUCUGCAAGCCGACAGCCUGAAUACAGGGACAUGAGAGACAGCUUCAGAAGAAAAGGUUUCUACUCCUCCCAUUAUGUGAGAGACCGGUCUCCUCAUAAAAGAGACACUCCUUUUUUCAGAGAAUCGCCUGUAGGCCGAAAGGAUUCUCCACACAGCAGAUCUGGCUCCAGUGUCAGCAGUAGGAGUUACUCUCCAGAAAGAAGCAAAACUUACUCCUUCCAUCAGUCUCAACACAGAAAGCCCGUGCGUGCUGGUGCCUGCUACAAACGGCAGAAUGAAGGAAAGCCAGAAAGAGGUAAAGAAAGACCUGUUCAGCCUUUGAAAACAUCGAGAGACACUUCACCCUCAAGUUCUUCAGCAGCUGCUGCAUCAAAGGUAUUAGACAAACCCAGUAGGCUAACUGAAAAGGAACUUGCUGAAGCUGCAAGCAAGUGGGCCGCUGAAAAGCUAGAGAAGGCAGAUGAGAGUAACUUACCCGAAAUUUCUGAGUAUGAGGCGGGAUCCACAGCACCAUUGUUCAUUGACCAUCCAGUAGAACCUGAGUCAAAUGCAACAGAUGGCAUAGAAUUGUUUGAAGACAGUCAGCUAACCAGUCGCUCUAAAGCAAUAGCAACAAAAACCAAAGAGAUUGAACAGGUUUACCGACAAGACUGUGAAACUUUUGGGAUGGUUGUGAAAAUGCUGAUUGAAAAAGAUCCUUCAUUAGAAAAGUCUAUACAGUUUGCCUUGAGACAGAAUUUACAUGAAAUAGGUGAGCGGUGUGUUGAAGAACUCAAGCAUUUUAUUGCAGAGUAUGACACUUCUAGUCAAGAUUUUGGAGAGCCGUUUUAGAUUGCUUUCUCAGGCAAAAAAAAAUUUCUAGAUUUUUUUCCCCCUGGAUUGUGUAAAUCCUUAAUAUAUAGAAUUUUUGUGAAGAGAAAUACUUUAUGAUAGUUGACCAUAUUUCCAGUAUCAAAUAAACAUCUAAAAUAGUCUGUUUAAGAUAUUUUAAUUAGAAUCUUUUUUAUCUACAUGUAGAGCCUUCUAAUCCAUACUUAUCUUUUUUUCCCCCUCUCCUAAAACGAUGGGUCAAUUAAUUUUUCAAGCUUUCUUGAAAAUGCAGUCCAAGAUUUCUGUACUUACAGGACAUGUCCUGUAGUCUUCCAUUGUUAUGUGAUCAUUUGUUUGGUCACACUAGUGUAAUUUAUAGGUUAGAAUACAUUCCACUUAAACAUUUGUAAUCUUUUUGCAUUUCAUAGUCAGUGAUACCAUGUGAAAAUGUUAGAAUUCUGAGUUGUGUUUUAUUGACUUGUUGCUUGCUUACCGUAGGCUUUGUAACUUUCAAUAUGUUUAAGUAUAUUCAAAUAAACUGAAUACUUUGGUAUCUUGGGGAAUAUUUGCUUUGAGGAUAAUUCUCAUUGUGAUAAAAUAGAGCAUUUAAAUCUCUGAAAGACACCUCAUAAUAAAAUCCUCUUUUCCAAGUAAA